AAAAUCCAGAUAAAUCAAAGCUUCUUCAUUCUAAAUUACUUCAGGAAAAGGGUUACCUACCGGCGGAAUAUUACCGACGGGCUAACUAUUCCGCCGGGCUUAACACACCUUUGGUGAUGCUUUGGUGAAAUAAAUGACCGACGGGUCUUGACCGUCCGUAAUAUCUUCGAUGAUUUAGGCUCAAGAUGAGAGUAUUCCCUCUCACAUUUUCAUUUUGCACGAAAAUCCUUAUUCCCUCAACCCCUUCUCUGAUUUCCCCAAUCUCAGAAUCCUCACACUCAUCUUCUCCAAGGAUCGUAGGUGGUUGCUGCCGGAGUUCACGUGCCUCCAUUUUCUUUGAUCAAUUAGGGCGAAAGUCAGUGAUCUUCUGCAAGGGCCUUAGGUGUGGGUUGCCGGAGUUCGCCUCCCUCCAUUGUGCUUCAACUGCGACGUCAGCUCGAGAACCGCCCUCGCAGUGAUCUUCUCCAAGGGCAGUAGGUGUGGGUUGCCGGAGUUCACCUCCUCCAUUGUGCUUCAACCGCGACGUCAGCUGGACAACCGCCAUUGCAGUUCAAUCUCCCCUCCGCAAGCUUCAUUGGGCUUAAUCUCACUUGCGGUUUACAGACUCCCGCUGUCGAGACUUCACUCGCGAGUGCUCAUGUUUGAAUGUUGCAGUGCUUAGAUGAUUGCUUGAUUCCACCUUCUACAUACUAAGUAUUUUCUAUUAAACUUGAGUCCACCCCAUAUUGCUAUGCUGUCGACCCAGUAUUUCUGAACUAGUUUUCCAAGUAAAGUUUGUUCAAGUUCUGGAUCAAUUAAUAUAUAUGCAAGAAAUGAUCGACAGUGUUAUUCGUCGACAUUCUGAACAAGAAGAUAGUUCUGAUGAAGAGUCUCCUAAUGAAAUCACUCAAAGGUUUUACAACUUAUUGGCAGAUGCAAACGAACCUGUAUUUGAUGGGUCAUCAGAGUCAAAAUUGUCAGUUUGCAUUAAACUCAUGGCUUGUAAAUCUAAUUGGAACGUUCCCAAUCAAGCAAUGGACUUCAUUUCAAAAUUGAUUUCAGAGCUAACACCAGUAAACAAUUAUUUGCCGAAGAAUUAUUAUGAAGCCAAACAAUGUGUUUCAAAGCUAGGAUUGGAAGCAAAAAAGAUUGAUUGUUGUCUCAAUGGAUGUAUGCUUUUCUAUGAUAACGACAAUGGCAAGAAUGAUGCAUCCUUGGUCCAAUGUAAAUUUUGUGGCCAGCCUCGAUUUCAGACAAUACAUCCUGAACGGAGGCAAAAAAAACCAAUUCCAUUCAAGUACAUGUUCUACUUGCCUAUCAUUCCUAGAUUACAAAGAAUGUUCGCUUCAAUGCAAACAGCUGAACACAUGACAUGGCAUGAUGGUAAAAAAACUGAAGGAGUGUUGCGUCAUCCUUCUGACGGUGAAGCUUGGAAGCACUUCAAUCGUAAACAUCCAUCCUUUGCUAGUGAUGCGCGUAAUGUGCGACUUGGUCUAUGUUCAGAUGGGUUUACGCCAUACAUUCAGGCUUCUACAUCACCAUAUUCAUGUUGCCCGGUAAUUGUGACCCCAUACAAUCUUCCUCCUGAGAUGUGUAUGACAAAGCCUUACAUGUUUUUAACGUGUAUAAUACCAGGUUCAUCUAAUCCCAAGGCAUCCGUUGAUGUUUAUUUGGAGCCUUUGAUUGAUGAUUUAAAGAAGCUAUGGAGUGGUAUUUGGACGUACGAUGUGUCAAAGAAGCAAAAUUUCCUUAUGAGAGCAGCUUUGAUGUGGACAAUUAAUGGCUUUCCUGCAUAUGGCAUGUUAUCUGGUUGGAGCACGCAUGGUCGAUUAGCUUGUCCGCAUUGCAUGGAACACACGAAAUCAUUCUCAUUGAGUUAUGGUCGGAAAAAUAGUUGGUUUGACUGUCAUCGAAGGUUCUUGCGCAUGGAUCACAUGUUCAGGAAGAACAAAAAAGCUUUUCGCAAAGGCGAACUUGAAACAGAUUUGCCACCGCCUAGACUUAAUCCUUCUCAAGUGUGGAGAAGAGUAAAACAUUUUCCAAAAGUCACUGAAAGUGGUAUUAAUAGGAUAGAAGGGUUUGGAGAGUGGCAUAACUGGACAAAAAGAAGCAUCUUUUGGGAUCUUCCGUAUUGGAAGGAUAACUUGCUCAGACAUAACCUGGAUGUCAUGCAUAUAGAAAAGAAUUUCUUUGACAACAUCUUUAACACGGUUAUGAAUGUUAGUGGCAAAACAAAAGAUAAUGAAAAUGCAAGAAAAGAUUUAUCUUUAUAUUGUGCUAGAAGAGACUUACAGUUGAAGCCUCAACAUAAUGGCAGGUUGGUGAAGCCAAAGGCGAAUUUCUCCGUAUCAAAAGACGAGGCUAGAAUAAUUUGUCAAUGGGUAAAGAAGCUUAAAAUGCCAGAUGGCUAUUCUUCAAACUUGGCUAGAUGUGUUAAUAUUGAUAAGGUUAGUAUUCAAGGUUUGAAGAGUCAUGAUUGUCAUGUAUUUAUGGAGACUUUAGUCCCGGUUGCGUUUAGCUGUUUGCCAAUCCACGUAUUAAAUCCAAUCAUAGAAAUCAGUCAUUUUUUCAAGGAUUUGUGCGCCACAACGCUCAAGGCAGAUUCACUGAGAAAGUUGGAGGAAAAUAUUCCAUUUAUUCUUUGCAAAUUGGAAAGAAUAUUUCCUCCUGCAUUUUUUGAUUUAAUGGAACAUCUUCCAAUUCAUCUUGCAUAUGAAGCAUGGCUUGGUGGGCCAGUGCAAUAUAGGUGGAUGUAUCCGUUUGAAAGGUUUAUGGGGCAAUCAAAACGUUCAGUGAAAAAUAAAGCUAGAGUGGAAGGAUCGAUAUGUGCAACUUACUUAUAUCGUGAGACAACAUAUUUUUGUUCACAUUAUUUCAAAAACUUUAUGUUGUUGCCAAACAAUGUUAGGAAUGAAACACAAUGCCAAACUGGUACAUGUCAAUCAACAUUGUCAAUAUUUCAACAAGUGGGUCGUCCCGUGGGAAAGAAGUUCACUUAUUGGUUAACUGAUGCUGAAUUCAACUCUGCUCACGUCCACGUGUUAAUUAAUUGCAUCGAAGUUAAGGUCUACCUUGACUCAUUUCUUAUGGCAAUGCAAGUCCCAGAAGGAAGUAGUUCUAGUUUAAUACACUCGGAGUUUCCACAGUGGUUCAAAUAUCAAGUUCAUAACCAAGCAUUAAGUCCCAUAAUUCAAGAUCUAAGAGAUUUGUCAAAUUGGCCCAUGAGAUGUGUUAAAGAAUGGCACACAUAUUUUGUCAAUGGGUACAAGUUCCACACAAAUGCAUGGUCCAAAGGAAGGAAGACAACUAAUUGUGGUGUGUUUGUGAAGAGACUUACUGAGGGUGGUUAUGAUGAUUUCUAUGGGAUUAUUCAAAAAAUUUAUGAGCUGGAGUACAAUAGUUCAUCUACUCCAAAGAGAGUAGUUGUUUUUUAUUGUGAAUGGUUUGAUCCUUCUAGGAAUGGAACAAGAGUGGAUCCUAGGUAUAAUAUUGUUGAAAUUCAAAUGACUUCACGAUACUGCCCAUUUGAUCCAUUCAUUCUAGCACACAAUGUUAGACAAGUUUAUUACGUUCCAUAUCCAAAUUUUCAUACCAUUGACAAAUGUGGUUGGUGUGUUGCUAUACAAACAAAGCCUAGAGGUCGAAUUGAGUCAAAUGAUGUUCAAGAGGAAAUCCCUUACCAAGUUCAUGAAAUGGAACAUGAAAAUGAAAUUAUUGAAGUUGAAGGUAUAUUUGCAUUGCAUGACUUUGAUGGUGACGAUGAAGAGUUGGAGGGACAAAACCAAGAACAUGAAGAAGGAGAAGAAGAAGAGGAUGAAGAAGACAACGACGAAGAUGAAGAAGAAUUUGAAGACGAUGAAGAAGACAACGAUGAAGAUGAUGAUGAUUCUUUGCAUUAUGAUGAUCAUAGUGACGGUUCCAACAAUGAUGACAAUAACGAUGAUGACGACGAUUAAGACAAUUGUAUUAGAACAACCCUUGUGUUAUGAUGCAUGUCAUUCGUAUGGCAGCAGAGCUGGGACAUGUUGUUCAUGUUGAUGAGGUGUUUACACAAACUCAUCUCCGGAAGGGGACUAACACAUACGUUGAUGAAAGGUCUCGCAAGACCAUUGAAGAUUUUUCUACUAGACUUACACAGGCGAGAUCGAAGGUGGGAUUUACUCCUGAUGCUGCCUCAAGAACAAAUGCAAAUGAGGGUAUCAUGAGGACCCAAUGAUGGGUUGAUGUCGUCGAGGGGAAGAAGAAAGGAAUAGUUUAUGGGGCAGGACAACUUGCCUCAAAUUACAGUGCUAUAAGAGGAGGGAUACAGUUAUGACUAGAUUGGAGAUUCAUACCUUAGGAAGGAGUAUCCGCCCCAUCAUCUUUCCACCAGCCACAGUCAUUGACACAGCCCAUGCAACCCACUCCAGUGCAACCACCUAUCAAGCAACAGCCUACUCUAGUGCAACCACAUGUCCAACAACAACUGCCUCAGCAACAAGAUGAUUCUGAUGAUUAUACUAACUAUUAGGAGUUGAUGAACUUUUAAAACUUAGUUGCUUAGUUUAAAAACUUUUGAGUUUUGACGUUUAUUAGUAUUAACAACUACUUUUAUGGUAUUAAUAGUCAAUAAACUUUUAAAACUUAGUUGCUUAGUUUAAAAACAUUUGUGUUUUGAGGUUUAUUACUGUUAACCACUACUUCUAUGGUAUUAAUGAUAUA